AUGUUUCUCAAGUCGCUCGUGACGCUCCUCGGGGCUGCUGUUGCGGUUCAGUCACUCCCAGCUGGCGAAUCCGCUAAUGAGUUGGAAAAAAUCGCGUCAAAUGCCGGGUUCCAGCGAUUCGAAUAUGUGACGGAGCACACUCAAUCAAAUUUCUUCAAGCAGGAAAUAACGCACGUAAUUAGUCUUAAUCACGAGGCAAAUAAUGAGAACAUUACAACUGCUCUCCAGAACGUCGGCAUCGCCUACACGCCACUACCUAUUGUGGAUUUUGGUACCCCAACGCUUGAAGACUUCCAAAAAGGUUAUGAAGGGUUCAAAAAGCAUCGACCAGGUACCCUCGUCUGGUGCGGCUUCGGCCAUGGCCGCACUGGAACAAUGAUCUCAGCCCUACAAAUCUAUAUCGAGCAUGAGAAGCCCUCACCUCAGCUGCUUACACGUCAAGACUACGACAACAAUCACGUCGAGGAGGAUGCGGAGGAAGCUGCCAAGCCGAAACCCAAGCCGCAGCCGGGUUCUGCCGAGUACAACACACAGCUUCUAAAGGAGAAGUGCGACGCCUCUGGCAACUCGCCGGCGUGUAUGAAGGCAGGAAACCGGUGCGCUGCCCGCUUCGCUGCAAGUGAGAAGAUUGAGAAUUUUCUCAACUGUGUAGAAAAGGUGCAGGUUUGCCUUGACUACUACCGGCAAGAGGAGUGCGAAGAAUUCGCGGCACAAUGCCAGGCUGAGCUGGGAACGCUCAGCUCUAAUUUCUACAGCCUGGCCGAGUGUACGUGCAAGAAGCAGGGAAAGGUGGAAGGGGAAGCCCUCAAGUUCUGUGUGAGUGAAAAGGCAAAGUUGUAA